AUGCAAACUAUAACUUAUCUUGCUGGUGUUAUUAUUUCAACAUUAAUAAUCGGAGGUAUAUUUGGAAAACCAGUUGGAAAAAAUCUAUGUCCAUCGGGAGAACCAAUGGUAGCUUGCUUUGUGGACCCAUGCUCUAUAUCAACAUGUUCAGGAGAUGAAAACGCUACAUGCGUCUCUAACUAUUGCGGUGAAUGUAGUGCUCUGUGGUUCGGAGCUGAUGGUAAUCCAGCGGACUGUGAUAAUGUAUCUCCAUGUCCACCUGAUCAGCCUGAAGUUCAAUGUUUUAGAAAUCCAUGUCAAGGAGCAACAUGUUCAGCAUAUCCUAACGCUACAUGUAUCCCGAACUAUUGUGGAGGCUGCAAUGCUGAAUGGUUCACGACCGAUGGAGAACAAGUACAAUGUGAUAUUACUAGUUAA